CAGCAGGCGAUGGUGCGCGCUGCCCUCGGCCGCAGGUGGCGGAGCGCUCCCGGCCGUGGCGCUGGGUGAGGGGAGGGGCUGCCUCCGCCUCCGCCUCCGCAGCCGGCUCCUCUGGCCAGGGUGUCCGUGGUCUUUCCAGAGAACCUGCUGAGUAUCAAUAUUUGGGGUUAGCCAUGGCAGCUGAUGAUAAAGUUGCCAUUUUAACUGAUGAUGAAGAAGAGCAGAAGAGAAAAUAUGUGCUUGCUGAUCCUUUCAAUGGAAUUUCCAAGGAGCAAGACUUGCAGGCCCAAAAUGAAACCUCUUCAACAGAUACCACCACUGUUCCAGAUGAGGAGCUAGACUGGUUAGAAAAGCACUGUGUCAAAAUAAACAACGAUCUUCUGAUUUCAAAAGUUUUUUAUUUUUUCUUUUACUCUGCAUAUGGCUCUCUUUAUCCAUUGCUGCCUGUGUAUUAUAAGCAGCUGGGCAUGUCACCCAGUCAGAGUGGACUUUUGGUUGGCAUUAGGUACUUCAUUGAGUUUUGCAGUGCUCCUUUCUGGGGAGUGGUGGCAGAUCGCUUUAAAAAAGGGAAAAUUGUCCUUCUCUUUUCACUUUUAUGUUGGGUCUUAUUUAACCUGGGGAUUGGAUUUGUUAGACCAGCUACCUUAAGAUGUGUACCAAAGGGUCCUCCACCCCCGCAUCCCACCAAUGCGAGCAGCCUUGUAACUAUGCCUCCACAGAUUGCUUCCAGUCCUUCUCUACUAACCACAGCUAGUCUCAUGUCACAGAGAGCUCGUGGAAAGAGGGACCUAUUAACUUCCAGUUCCCCAAAUUUGGAAACAAGAGGGACAGUUAAUCCUAUUGAACUGUUACCUUACAGUCUUCCUUUGGAAACCACGGGGACUCUUAAUCCAGAAAUGUUGUUUCCAUUACCUACUCAGAUGAGUGAUGAAGUGCUUGCUGUGGAGAACAACACAAAUGUUAUUUCAAAAAACAUCACCACUAGUUCUGAGCCACCAGGAAAUAAAUCGCAGAGCACAGCACCACCCACUGUCACAACAAAGCCAGUACCUUCUGAUCAAGUCAUGCUUGUUUAUGAUCAUCAAGAAGUAGAAGCUAUCUUUCUAGUCAUCUUGUUGGUUGUCAUAAUAGGAGAGUUUUUCAGUGCUUCCUCUGUUACUAUUGUGGACACCGUGACCCUCCAGUAUCUCGGCAAACACAGGGACCGGUAUGGACUGCAGCGUAUGUGGGGUUCUCUGGGCUGGGGCCUUGCCAUGUUGUCUGUAGGAAUUGGUAUUGACUAUACCCAUAUUGAUGUCAUCAUUGAAGGUCUGGGCUGUAAAGCUCCUGAAUACAAGAACUACAGGAUUGUUUUCAUAGUUUUUGGUGUGCUGAUGACAAUGGCACUAAUUGUGGCCACUCAGUUCCGAUUCCACUAUACCCACUUCAAACAAGAUGAGCACAAGAGAAAAGAGGUAGAGAUCCCACAGGUGGACAGAAAUACCUCCUCUGACUCCUCAGACAACACUCCUACCAGUGCAAGCCAGUCACAGUCAUUUAGUUUUUGGGACCUGAUAAAAAUGCUGUGUAGUAUACAGUAUGGUUCUGUGCUGUUCGUGGCUUGGUUUAUGGGAUUUGGAUAUGGUUUUGUGUUCACCUUUCUUUAUUGGCACUUACAAGACUUGAAUGGGACUACCACCCUCUUUGGAGUCUGUUCUGUGCUGAGUCAUGUGUCUGAGCUGACUGCGUACUUCUUCAGCCACAAGUUGAUUGAAUUGGUUGGUCACAUCAGGGUGCUUUAUAUUGGCCUUGCUUGUAAUACAGCUCGCUACAUUUACAUCUCCUAUCUGGAAAAUGCCUGGACCGUUCUCCCUAUGGAAGUACUGCAAGGAGUGACCCAUGCGGCUAUAUGGGCAGCUUGUAUUUCGUAUCUUAGUGCAGCAGUGCCUCCAGAAUUAAGAACUUCAGCUCAGGGGAUCCUACAAGGUCUUCACCUUGGGCUGGGCAGAGGAUGUGGAGCCAUGAUUGGAGGGGUUUUGGUGAAUUACUUUGGGCCUGCUGCGACGUUCAGGGGGAUAGGAAUGGCCUGUCUAGUGAUUCUUUUACUCUUUGCAUUGAUCCAGUGGCUCGCAGUUCCUGAUGAAGAAGAAGAGAAGACAAUGCUGGCAGAAAGGAUCCCAGUUCCUUCCAGCCCAGUUCCCAUAGCAACUAUUGACCUUGUACAGCAACAGUCAGAUGAUAUAAUGCCUCGGACUGAUCCCAGACUUCUUCCCAAGAAAACUAAGCAUCAAGAAGAGCAGGAAGAUGUUAACAAGCCUGCCUGGGGGAUCAGCUCUUCUCCCUGGGUUACUCUGGCUUAUGCUAUCUGUCAAAUAAAAGAGAUGGUUCGGCUAUCUAAAAACAGUCCAGCACCUGAAAAUCAGCCUUUGCAGAAAGCCAGUGAAAAUCAUGCUUCACCAGCCAACUCAGCAGAACAGCUCCCAGAGCUGAAAAACACUGACCAAUCCAGAAAUUGUUCAACGCCUAUGGCAACACUGAACUCCCAAAAUGUCCCCGACCACCCUGUGUUGGAUCGGGUUUCCUUGGACUGUAAUCCUCAGCCUGCUGAUGCAGGGCAAUAAAAUGAAUUCAUCUUCUCAGAUCUGCUGCAUGGAAUCCUGCUCUUCAGCUGGAAAAAGAUGGAACAAGAACUUACAAGUAGGACUCCCUUCAUCUUGGUGAAUGUAAUGUGAUGCAGCACAAGCUUUUAAACAUUUAAGAACUUUGUAUGAUAAUAUAUGAUAGCCACACUUUCAAGGGAGGCUAGAAUUCUGGUAGCUGGAUACAAGAGAUGGGACUGAAUUUAACUGCAGAAAAACUUUCUCAACUGUUUGCUAAAGUUUGGUCAAACGUUUAUGGGAUUUAUUGGCAACCUAUAGUUAAGCUUGUUUUAUAGUUUUACAACAGAAGAAAAAACACUUAAGUGCGCAAUUUCUAUUUGAGCAAUUGGUUUAACUUCAAAUUUCUUCAUACCAAAAAGAAAGUUCUUUGGAAGAAAAAUUGCAUUUCCCUAGGAAAAAUUACAAGAACUAAGAAAUCCUAAAGGAAGAGUGGAUAAAGGAACAGCAUACAUUUCUAUCUUGUAUAGAAGUGACUUCUCAGAAACCUUGAAUGGCUUUAGCAAAUAAUUUUUAUACGGUAGUGAUGGAUUAAGUGGACCAUGCAGCAGAAUCUUUUGAAGCUGCUAUUAACUUAUUUUGAGAGAGAGGUUUAGUUCUGCAAGGUGUGACAUUUUCAAAAGGGCAUUUUUUAGAGGGAAAAACAGGAAAAUUUAAAUUGUCUCCAUGUGCUUACAGCCCUUUGCUUGGAAAGGGCAUUUGCUAAAUGUGUAGGUAUAAUUUUAGGUUUGAUAUUGUUCCUGAGACCACAAACCUUGGUAAAGAUUAUUCCGUUUGAUUGAUCAUGGUUUCCAAUGGAGACAUCUUUUUAUUGUUUUUAAUUUCAUCAUAUGUAAAAAUAGUUUAUUUAAUUAAGUGUAGUUAUUGUGGUUAUUUAUAGAGGACAGAAAGAGCUUAAAGUGCCUGGGGAAGGGAGGGAGGAAAUUGUUUAUAAAUCCUAAUGAUUGGGGGUUUGGAAGGGAGAAUAAAAGUCAAAUUUAAGUAAAAACACCCUCAAAAUUGGAGAGACAUAAUUAAGUUGCAGUAAACUUAGACAAUUGCUUUAUUCCAUGUCAAGACACUGAAAAAUGUUUAGUUAUGUCUAGUCAUGCUUUGUAAUAUUAAAUUUAGCCAGCUUGUUGGCUGGUUAGUUCAUAGCACAGAGUGCUGCUGAAAGGGAACCUGGGUUCUGAGUUGAAAUCAAUGGGGUUGCAUUAGGGUAUAGGUCAGGAUAGUAUUUAGGCCCAGGCUUAACACCAGUAACCUGAUUUUCGAAGUGCAAUGUGUCCCCAUUUCUACUGAAGUGAAUGGGAACUGCCGGUACAUAGCUUCUCUUGAAAUCAGAUAAAUGUGUGUGGCCUCUUCCAGUGAAGGUGCAUACUGUCUCACCAGAUUGAACUGCAUAGUUUAUGGCAGGAUGCAGCUGUGGUCUCCUGUGGAGUUCAGUGCUUGGGGUGGGCAGGAGGAGAAUGACAGCUUAGACUGAAGCAGUGGGUGAAAUUGCACAAUGCUUGAUGUCCACUUGGACCAGCUAAGUGGGCUUCCAUCAGCAUAUGCUGUAGCAAAGGUCAAGGAGGUGCGAGAGCCUGUGUGGGGGUGCCUGGAACCAGGGCCACAGAGAGAGUAAAAAUAAUUGUUAAUAACUAGCCACUAGUCAUUUUUUGCACUUGAACUUAAAUGUACUGUACCGUUAAUUCUCAUGACUUGUUUAAGUGUCCUUUAAAAUCAGAAAUGUAUUUAUUGUAUGUUUGUAUAACUUGGGGGAAUGAAGAACUGAACUGGUGACAGGUAAAAAGAUGUUCAGGUUUCUCAGUUAAGUGGGAACAUUUGUGCAGAGUGAAUAAGGUGUUACCUCAGCUUCUACUGUACAGCACCUGGAUUGUGAGGUGAAGAGCUAAUAUGCUGUGUUUACACUUCAGAUUGUUUCUUUGAAAUGCCUGCUCUUUUGGAAUUGUACAGUAGUUAGUUCUAUGUUGCAAACUGAACAUAUACAUGUUGUUUUUGAUAUUUGUGAAACUAAAAAUGUGGUAAAAGAUAUAAAAUAACCAUAAUGUGUUUAAACAGAA